CGAGGCGGGCGGACCGCGGGGUGAGGAUCAUGCGUGGUCCACGCGCUGGAAGUGGGUUAGAGCGAGCGGCGGAGCUGGAAGGAGCUGACACGAGGAGGAGGAGAAGCGCUUCUAUUCAGAUUGAUCAUUCACAAACAGUCAGGAGCUGCAGAGGAGGAUAAACAACAACAACAACAGAACCACUCUUUUUAUUUAUUCUUUCACGGAGUGUGAAGAGAAACUAGAAUCCAUGCGAGCAUUAGUUGUGACAGUUCUCUCUGGUUUGGAGCUCAUCAUAAGAACAACUGCUCAUUGGUAGUUUAUUUUUUAUUUUGUUUCCUUUUUUUUUUUUUGCGCUUGGAGUUAAAUAUUCAUGUUCAGAAGAGUUGACUAGACUUCACCGCCAAAAUGAGAGCUCAAAUAGAAAUAAUUCCUUGUAAAAUCUGUGGGGACAAAUCAUCAGGCAUUCACUACGGUGUCAUCACCUGUGAGGGCUGCAAGGGCUUUUUUCGGCGCAGCCAGCAAAACAAUGCUAUGUACUCGUGCUCACGGCAGAGGAACUGCCUCAUUGACCGGACCAACCGUAAUCGCUGUCAGCACUGCAGGCUGCAGAAAUGUCUCGCACUCGGCAUGAGCCGCGAUGCUGUGAAGUUUGGUCGCAUGUCCAAAAAGCUGCGUGACAGCCUGUACGCAGAGGUCCAGAAACACCAACAGUCCCAGGAGUGUGCCGGAGUCGGUGCCCGCGAGGACAACAGUGAAGUGGCCGACCACAACUGCACGUACAGGAGAGGCUCCAGCGCGGCCCUCAGCGACCUGGAUGACAUCACCACCCUGCCUGAAGGCUUGCUUUUCGACCUGCCGCUGACACCGGAAGAUGGCGGGGGAGAGUACUGUAACCUGGACAUGCUGGGAGGAAGUGCAGGCAGCAGCUCAUCCUCUCAAAGCUCACCGGAGCAGAACAGCUUGGACUUUGCUGAUGGGAACAACAGUAUCAAGCACGAGUACCAAUUGUUGCACGAUUCUGGACUCUUCUCACACGCAAUCCUCAACCCUGUGCCAGAGGGCUGCUCCCUGCUGGAGAUAGAGCGUAUAACCCAGAGUGUGAUGAAGUCCCACGUUGAGACAAGCCAGUACAGCACAGAGGAGCUGAAGAGGAUGGCAUGGAGCUUGUACAGCACAGAAGAAACCCGCUCGUACCAAACCAAGUCAGCUGAGGUGAUGUGGCAGCAGUGUGCCAUGCACAUCACCAAUGCAAUCCAGUAUAUAGUGGAGUUUGCAAAGCGCAUCUCUGGAUUCAUGGACCUCUGUCAGAAUGAUCAGAUUAUCCUCCUCAAAGCAGGCUGCAUGGACGUUCUUCUGAUCCGUAUGUGCCGGGCCUACAACCCCAUCAACAAUACGUUGCUCUUCAAUGGAAAGUUUGCCACUCCUCAGCUUUUUAAAGCUCUUGGUUGCGACGACCUUGUGAGUGCAGUGUUCGACUUCGCCAAAAAUCUGAGCCGUAUCCAGAUGUCUGAGGAGGAGAUGGCGCUUUUCAGUGCUGCCGUGCUGCUGUCACCAG